UCCGCGGUGGGACUCACAAGUGUGUUUCGUUCUCGGCUCCUUCGGAGAGUCGCUGCUCGAGACCUGAGUUUCCACGCACGCCAGUACUCCGUGCUGUAAAUCGGACCGUCCACGAGCGGUGGACAAAAAUUACUUCCUUUGCCUCCUCUUCCUGUUUGUGGUUUGGAAGUUUCUUCUGGCGGUGGUGGGACUCGGCCGUGCUCUCGUUUGUACUGUUGUAGCUGCAACGUUCGCCGGAUCUUGGCAGCAUGUUCCCGCGCUGCUGCAACUACGCCAUCCUGCUGGGAACCAGACCGCAGACAACAGGCGCGCGGGAUCCAGAUCAGUCACACCACAUUGGUGCUUUCUUUCCACCUCCACCGGCCACCAGGACCAUCGUGAUCCCCCACCUAUCUGAGAACGCACAUCAUUGGCAACCCAAGGCACACGUGAGGGCCUGCUUCGCUGGACUUGGCGCGCUCAAGACAGAAAACUGUAUCUAAUUUGAAGAAAGGUCAUUCCAAAGGGCUUCUGUCGCUCCUGACUCUUCGUCACAGAUACGACACUGCUGUACAGAAGACGGUCGGUACAUUGCGUAAAAACCCGUGCGUGAGUCAGAGAGGUCCUGUUGCUGUUCUUGUAUUCCUGCUGCUGCUGGUAGGUGGCGUUAGUGGCCGUAGGCUGGUCGCCGACAUGAUUGAGCCAGCCCUACGCUGGCCACUGGCCUUGGUAGCGGCAGCGAUUGUUGUGCUCGGGUCGUGGAGGUACUCUGGCGGCAAGCCCAUGUCGCUCCCCGGCGACAUCCGGUACGAGAGCGAGGAAAUUAGCGUGUACUUUCCCUGGGUGUCAUGUAUCCUGUUGUCGGUGUUCGGCAACAUUUUGUUGCGCGCGUGGCAGGGAGGGGGUGGUGUAGGGCGUGUGCUGAACGGUGGAGCAACGGGCCACCGUCCAUAGAGGCUCAACCCGUCGAGCUCGCAUCCUAGAAUGUUGUAGCGACCUCUGAUGAGCGUAGGUCGUGCCAUGUAGGUUUCGUCUCAGCAAACGGCUGGAUCUCAACGGUUAGAUCCAUUCGUCAUCAUGUGAAAGCGUUGCUCGUUGUACCCUUGGUUGAGGAUUUUACAAGGUUCAGUAUACCAUUGAUGAAGUCGGCGUCCACCCUUCCGGCGGCACACAUCCGCGGGCCUGAUGAGCAGACAA